UCAGACCAAUCGAUCUUCCUGUCGCUUUAAGAGCUGGGUCCUAGCAAUGUGGCUGCCCCUUUAAGGCGACGUUGGAGCAAAGAAUGUCAGAGAAACCGGGGGGAGACCCGCUGGAACCUGAUGCGGUUCUAACUCCCGCCCGACAGCGCAUCCACUGCUUUCGGGAGCAGAUUUUCGAGCAAAGACGUCUGCCUUGGUUGUCUGCUCUGCACAAGAGGAAAUUUGCCCCAAUUCUGCUCCUAGAGCGAGCGGGCUCCGAGCGACAUCCCCCGCGCGCCCAGCCACAUGGGCGCUCCCGGAGGAGCCCCCGCCCCCUUGGUUCCACGUGGUCGGCGGCGGGGCCGGAGGAGCUCUGGCGGCGGGGUCUGCGGGAGGCGUGGGUCCCGGGAUGGCGGGCGCUCCGGCCGGCGGUGCGGCUCGGUUUUCUUGUCCCCCCAACUUUACCGCGACGCCCCCAGCCUCAGAGCCCACUCGUUUCUCCUUGGAGGCGUUGACGGGCCCGGAUGUAGAACUGUGGCUUAUCCAGGCCCCUGUGGACUUCGCCCCAGACUGCCUCAACGGGCGGCUUGUGCCUCUUUCUGGCUCCCAGAUCGUGAAGGGCAAGUUGGCGGGUAAGCGGCACCGCUACCGGGUCCUCGGCAGCAGUGGCCCCCAGGCUGGAGAAGCAACACUGCUGGCCCCCUCAACGGAGGGAGGAGGGGGCCUCACCUGUGCCCCAGUGCCCCAGGGCAGGCUAAGGAUUUUUGAGGGUCCCCAAGAAUCCCUUUCAGGAUUCUUGGGGACCAUCCCAGCAAGCCCCCCACCACAGAUCCCCCCUGGCCUGAGGCCUCGGUUCUGUGCCUUUGGAGGCAGCCUGCCGGUCACAGGGCCUGGGUCGGCCUUGGCACUGAGGUCACCAGCCUCGGGGAAGAGGAAAAAGAAGAGGCAUACGCCAGAGGCCUCAGUUCCUCAGGAGGCAGUGAAUGGGCAUGGGGCACUGGAGGUGGACACAGCUUUGGGGUCCCCAGAGAUGGACGUGGGGAAGAAGAAGAAGAAAAAGCAGCAGCUGAAAGAACUGGAGGUGAUGGAGCCGGUGGCAGCAGAGCCCGCGGCUGAGAUGUUGGAACCACUGGGAGUGCCAUGUCCGUUCACCACCAAGAAGAGGAAAAAGAAGCCCAAAGAGGCAGAAAUGGUCGAGCCAGAAAUGGGGCUGCUGGAGCCAGAAGAAAAGACAGGGGAAAUGGAACUCAUGGUUAAAACUGAGCCUCUGGAAGAGACGGUGCUAACCCCCAGGAAGAAGAGGAAGAGGGCGAAAGGGACAGAAGAGAUGGAGCCAGUGGAGGGGAUGAUGGUUGAAUCUCAGCUGCAGGUGAAGAUGGAGCCACAGGAGGAAGCCAUCCCACUGCCGUCCUCGAAGAAGAAGAAGAAAGAAAAGGGGUACCAAGUGAUGAUGGAGCCAGGGACUGAGGCUAUAGAGCCAGAGACAAAACCUCUGGAGCUCCAAGGGGAGAUGAUGGAGCCUGAACUGCCGCAUGAAGUGGAGCCUCAGGCCAACGCAGCUCUGGCAUCCCCCAAAAAGAAGAAGAAGAAAGAAAAAUGGCAAAAUGUGAUGAUGGAGCCAGGGACAGAGAUGGUGGAGCCACAAGAGGUGGUGAUGGAGCCUCAGCUGCCAGGUGACCUUGAGCCUCAGGCAGCUCUAGCAUGUACCAAGAAGAAGAAGAAGAAAGAAAGAGAACACAAAGCGCCGGUGCCAGGGCCGGAGAUACUUGAGCCACAAGGUGAGAUGAUGGAGCUUGAGCUGCCAGAUGAGGGUGAGUCUGAGGCCAGGGCAGAUCCGGCGUCCACCAAGAAGAAGAAGAAGCGGGGCCGGGAAAGCAGGGUGGCAGAGAUGGCAUCCCAGGAGGAGAUGCCAGAGCUGCCGCUGAAUCCGGAGUCUGGGGAGGUGGCUCCCCCGGGACGGAAGAAGAAGAGGGAGAGGCAUCUGCAGCAGGACCCUGUGUAGUCUCCCCCAGGGAAACAGGGCUGUGGCUAAGGAAAGCUGCAGGUGGCCACCUGGGCCAUCAGACGCGGACCAAACGAGCACACCAGCAGGAGCCCGGGCUGGAAAAUGCUUUAUUCUCACCCCGAGGGCCUCCUUGGCAGCUGGGGUCAUCGGGGCACUUUCAAGAAGGGCUCAUGGAGGACAUCAAACAGCCUCCGGGCCUGGGUGGGAAGGAGACAGAGACGAGGAGCCGGUCAUUAAAGGAGCCACGUGUUUGAAACACCCAGA